AUGGCAGAAAAGGUGAAGGGCAACAAAAUUACUCUAACUGAAAAACAAAUCAAUGAGCUCAAGACUGCCUUUGAGACAGGGAAUUUUGCUCAUCUGGCCAACCGCCUCCAAGAAGCUUUUUCCUCAUUGGAGAACAUCAACUUAAAUGUGGCAGUUAUUGGAGAAUCUGGAGUAGACAGAGCAACCUUCAUCAACACCUUUCGGGACCUCUAUGAGGAUGAUGAGGGGGCAGCUCCUACUGGAAAGGUGGAUGCCAGUAAAACUCCUGUGGCUUAUCCACACCCCAAGUAUCCCAACGUGAUCCUGUGGGAUCUGCUCAAUCUUGGGAACCCAGAUUUCCAUGCCAAAAAUUACACAGAGUGGUUGAAUGUUGCCUACUAUGACUUCUUUUUAAUUAUUGCCUCUCAGCACUUCAGCUCCUUCCACGCUAAGCUGGCUCAUUACAUCAAGAACGCAGGUAAAGACUACUAUUUUGUCCGCACUAAAGUGGAUGCAGAUCUGGAAUCAGCCCGUCAGAGCAACCCAUCUAGCUUUGAUGAGAUUGUCACACUGCAGAAGAUCCGAGAAGAUUGUAUGCAAGAUCUUCAAGCUGAGAAAGUGAAGUCUCCCGAGAUCUUCCUUAUUUCCAACAUUUUACUCAGCAAGUAUGACUUCUACCUCCUGGGAGAAACGCUUGGGAAGAACUUGGAUCUGCAAAAGAGCCAUUCUUUCCUCCUUGCCACCCCUAACAUCUCCCAUCGCAUCUUGGAAAAGAAGAAGAAUGUGAUGAUUGAACAUUUGUGGUUGGUUGCUGUGGUAGCCUGUGGGAUCCAGACUGAAGCUAUCCCAAAUAUUUCAGUGGUAUGUGAUGUGGACCUACUAGUCAGAACCAUGCAAGGUUACUGCAUCAGCUUUGGCCUGGAAGAGGACUCCUUAAGGAGGACUGCCGAACAUGUAGAGCAGCCCUUUGAACAGUUGAAAGCCCUCAUUAGGUCCCCACUGGCUCCUGCAAUCACCAAAGCACAAGUGGUGGAGUUGCUCAUCCAAGCAGCCAGCAAAGCACCCAAACUGCCAAAGCAGCUUGUCCCCAUGGCCACGGUAGGGUUGUCGUUCGCUGUAGUGUACAGCAUGCUGAAAACAUUUGUGGAAGAUGUGGCAGCUGAUGCCCACAGGGUGCUGGUCAAAGUGUUUAUGAGCCAUAAGGGCACAAGUGAGUCUGAGGCAACCAUAUCAAAAGCCCUGGAGAACCAGGGCCUUUCUUAA